UUUAGAUACUAAUAAAGAAAGAGGUAUGCCACAUUGUAUACGUAUCCGUCUGCCUGGUGUGAUCAAUCCACGAGUUACUGUUGUUCCACAGCCUACCCAGAAUAUUUGCAAGCCGCGGAAACAAGUCAAUGAUCCGUGCUUGAGUAUCGGUAUGCGGCUCUAAAAGAAAUCGCCGACAUUAUUCAAGAUACAGCACUGUGGCACUGCUGCUAUCGCAAUCUUGGUCGAGGUCAAUAUGAACCGAAAACAAAGACGCGCCAAGGACACACUGGCGACGUUGAACGAGGGGUCCAUCAAGACGGCGGAUGAUAUUCGCUUGGAGAGACCCGACAUGGUCCGAACGAAACCCCCGAAUGGUAAGACGUUACUCGAGAUAGCGGCGGAGAGACAAGCGCAACUGAACCCUGGGCAGUCCUUUGACAAGGACGCCUUCAACUCGAACAAUGUGGUGCACGUCAAGGUUGGCGAGGAUGGGCAGAUUCUCGAAGAUCCUCAGUCUCCAUCCUCCGAGACGCAGGCCAUGGAGCGGAUGGUGGAGACGCCAUGGCUCGACACGUUCCUUCUGUCUAUGUCCCUUUCGGCCAUUCACUUUACGCUCGAGGCUUUGACUGCACAUCAAUACGCGCAGGAACUGGAGUUCCCGCCCAUCGUCCGCAAGACUUUGUUUGUGGCAUUACCUACGCUCACCAUUGUCAUUGCCUUGUUUCACGGGCUCCUGUUGCCCGUCUCGGCAACAAGAGUGCCAGAACCCGUGCGGCUGUGGACGCUUGCACUCCGCCAGUUGGCGUACGUGGCAACUGCCAAUGUGGCGGGAUGCUACCUGAUCUAUCUUACGAACGACGAAGGCUACUAUGCUGUGAUGAAGAACGCCCCCAGUAUUGGUACGAUCUGGGUUUGGGCAGUUUUGGAGCUGGGACUGCUCGGGGCAUUGGCUGGCGUUGUCGGACCGGGCAUUUACGCCUGGUGGAAUGGCUAUGGGAUCUUUUGAAGGCAAGACUUUGUCGUAUACUUCUCUUCUCCAGGUUCUCCACGUGUGGCAGCGACUGGCAUACUCCGUUCUAUGGCGGACAAGACCGCCAUGCGAGAUCCACGUCGGAAACGAUAGACGGAAAGAGCAAUGCCGAAUACAAGUGCAUUCGCUCCGAGGCAGACACGGCCGACCCAGAGAAUUCAUACAGUAGGGCACAUACCCUAUACCAGACUUCAGCCUGAUCAGGAGAGUUCGUGGGAUGAUGGUAAACAUCCGGCCCGAACCACGAACCACGAAUUCACGGCGCCGAACACAGGCAAGAAUAGAACUACGUUGUACAGCGGAAGCCAUUCUUGUUCCGGGAGCGCACCCGAUCAUGGCGCCAUAGUGGACAGUUUUUAGGCUGUCGCACCACAGCCUUGCUCAUCACAAGGCCAGCCAAUAGGCUCCCUCAAGCCGGUCGACAGCAAAAGUAGUAGGCCGAUGGGGCGUCUCUAAAGUUUUGCACUUAGAGCCUGUGGAGCAUGUCGGACAACCCCGAUGGGCUUUUUCAGGUGAAGAAAAUUUCCGAUUGGGAAGGUGCAGUGGCACAACAACGUUGAAUUUCGGCCAACUGGUGGUUUUCUGCUUCGGAAGUGGCAUGUUUUUCAAGAUCGAGUGGUCGAGAAGCAAGAAAUGUGGAUAUUAUCGAGUAAUGGCACGACGGCCACUAUAGCAAUGGGGUUGCGAAUAUCCAGCGGAUGGUAUCCUCCGUACCACGUGGGGAAAAAUUUGCACAGGGCGUGUUGCAUGUGGGAAGCAAAUACUAGCAGCAGUACAACAAUGAUGGCGGAAUUUCGAGUCGCAAUGUCACCUUGCCGACGACCCGGUGGACACUGACUUGUUGGUGGCUUUUGACAUGAAAUGAGGACAGUCAGGGUUACCACAAUCCACAACCGGAUGUUGGGAUCAGAAGCCGACGAACAACUGACUCUGACUCUUCGCUUGUACUGUACCAACUCAGAAAAGAAACUUGUGAUAUUACAAGACAUCAAAGGGCAUCAGAUCGACACCCGGCGGGCAAAAGGCAGGUCGUGAUAUGAAAACCUACCUUUAACACAGAAGAUCGGAGAAUUUUGUGGGGGUGCUAGAGGAAGUGGCAGUUCCGUAGAGGACAAUUAAUUGGGCGGAACUGGAACUUGGACGUCAAGCUCAUCGAUCGAGCCAGAGCCCAUUUGGAAAAACCUGUCAGCCAAAAGGCGUUCAGUUGGUCCAUGCAACCCUCGUACGAUGCCCAAUUUGGCUCCUGAGGCCCGGUCAGAUUGAGUCAGAACAAGUCAGCUGGCUCGCCAGGCUUUUCAUCUCGAUUGAUCUGACCAGCGGAUGCGUCUGACUGGCGGCCCGUGUCCCGCAUCAUUGCGGGAUCGGAGCCGUUGCAGAGACAGACUCGCCUUCAGCUGCUGUACUGGCCUCUCCUGAGAACCUGAACCUCCUGACAGACCGUAAGCAGCCACUGCAUGUCUCGCCCAGGCGCAGGAGCUGACAACGCAUCAGCAUGAAAUUCAUACUACCUAGGUAGGUAUGGACUUAGAUUGGUAGCAAUGGCCGAGUUGGUGAUAUUGACGGCAAAA